AUGACGAAGUGGCUCCUUCUCCUCCACCUCGCGCUCGUCCUGUCGUCUUGCAGUGGCGGUGCUACGUCUCCAGCAUUCGAAAAGCUGUCCGAGUUGACAUCGUCUGACGAAGAUCAAGCUACGCCGCCAGACGUGACUGGCGAUGGGAACGCACUUCGUGCCGCCACCGUCCCCGACGAAGACCCUCUUGAAGAACGGGGCAUCGAGGCCGUUGCAGGAGUCGUCGAAAAAGUUACUGCUCGUGUGAACCCGUAUCUUCGCUUCAGGUCCAAGCAAAUAGCCCCCGCGGUGGACGCGAAGGCGAAACAUACAAGCUUAGCUGCUGGCGAUAUAAAGGGUGCUGGUGCUGAUUGGGAAAGUGUGUUUGCUAGACUCUACUCUAGCGGGUACGAAAAAAGUACGGUCCGGGCAGCCCUGUCCAACUUGGCGACUACCGAGGGCAAAUUACCUGCAUCGCAUGUGGACAUUAUCGCCGCAGCGUACGCCGUCUACCGCACAGAGCAGAACGUUAUAGCGGCCGAACAAUUUUCGAAAUUGAUGAAACAGCAUCCCUGGACCCGGACGCCCCCUUCGAACUACCGGAAAGCGGCGGCAGCCCCAUCAAACGGCCUGCAACUGGCGUCCCCUUCAAGUGACCGGAAACGGACAGCUCUAGCCAGCAUCGAAGAACAUCCCUCCCCACGCAGUGUUCUGGAUCUGACUUCUCCACCCAGGGCUCGUAAGUACUCGAUAACACCUUUCAUCAGAGACCUGGCUAAAAAACAUGAUGCCCUACUUGAACAAAAACGCCUCGCCAAAGAGGUGAAGGCCGAGAACCUGAAAGAGAUGAACGAGGCCAUUGCUUGGAUGAAUGGAGAGAAAUCGCGGUUUCAAAAGGCUCUAAAACAUCAUGACAUUCAACCAAGGGAAGGUCCUUACUAG